AUGUGGCCGAAGGAGAAGCACGAAUACCGGGCAACACCUCGAGAGGACCACGACGACGACGAUGACUGGCGAGAAGAGCAGGACGAGCACGAGCCAGUCCUGAUACAAGGCCGAAGCACCGUCUGGGACAUCACCUACAGCGUCGCGGUCCUCUUUGUCGCGGCUUUCGUCUGCUCAGUAUUCGUCUGGCUAUCACUGCACUCCGGUAGAGACCACUCGAGAUUACUACGACAGAUACCGGCAUACGAGGCCGCCACAUCAUACGCACCUUGCACGGACACUCCUCUUCCUUCAUCGCAGAAAUGCCCUCAACGGAAAGAAUGGCGAACGCUCACCAGCGCAGAACAGAAAGACUACAUCUCCGCCGCGCUAUGUCUCCAGGACCUCUACUCCAACGUCUCCUCCGAUAGCCGUCUCAGCGCUUACGACGAUUUCCCGUGGGUCUAUAGCCAUGUCGGAUCUUCGACUCGCGAUAGUGCCGCCUUCUUGCCUUGGCAUCGAUACUUUUUACAUGUCUAUGAGGAUACUCUCCGAGGGAGGUGUGGAUACCGGGGAAGUCUGACGUACUGGGACUGGACACUCGACAGCGACGCCUUGGAACGGAGUCCGGUCUUCGACCCGGAAAGCGGCUUCGGCGGAGACGGAGAGAUUGACGGAGAUCCCUCCAUCGGCCGUAAAGGACGCUGUGUCACCGACGGACCGUUUGCGAGGACCAAUGUUAGUCUCUACGAUAUCCAAUACAAACCUCAUUGUCUCUCACGCGGUUUCCGGGAUCCCGCCGGCAACCCUUCCAACCACAUCUCCAGCCACGCUCUCAGCGCAGAAUCCAUUGAAGAAAUCCUCACCACCUCUACCACUUUCUCGGCAUUCUCCGAAUCCAUCCAGAGCAGAGUCGCCGGAAUCAUCCCGUUCAGCAUCGCGGGCGAUCUCGCAACCUUCACCGCACCCUACGACCCUCUCUUCUACCUCCACCACGUCCAACUCGAUCGACUGUGGUGGCUCUGGCAGCAGCGAAAUGGAAAAGGCUUGCGACGAGCAUACGACGGCCCGAGGCACCGCUCUUCCAUUGAAAAAGCAACGCGGAACGAUUGGUUGCACUUUGCGACUUUGGCGCCAAAGGUACAGGUCAAGCACGUCAUGGAUACUGAGAACAAGGCAUCUCUGUGCUAUAGAUAUUGA